CCCAUUAGUAAUAUAAGUAAAUGUAUUGUGUGGCAGCCAAGAUCUAUGCUGCACAAGACUGAUAGGAUGAUUUAUGCUGUGGAAUAUAUCAAAAAGUUGGGCGUCGAACCAAGCACUCCCAUUUUUGUUCAUGCUCUUCGGGCGAUGUUGUCUAUGAGUGAAACAACUCGGAAAAAGAAAUUUGAGGUAUUGAAGAGUCUUGGUUGGAGUGAAGAGCAGAUUGUUUCAGCUUUCAAGCGAACCCCAUUCAUUUUGGCUUGUUCAGAGGAGAAACUCAGACUUGUAACCGAUUUUUGUUUGAAUACUAUGAAGUUGGACUUGGACACAUUAAUUUCAUACCCUACAUUUCUUACUUUUGGCGUUGAUCAAAGACUUCGACCUAGGUAUAAUGUUAUCAAAGUUCUGCAGUCGAAGAAUUUGCUCAGGGGGAAAAAAAAGAUUGAAUGGCUGUUUAUACUGAGCGAGAAGAUUUUCAGGGAGAACUAUGUUCUCAAACAUGUGGACGAAGUCCCAGAAUUACUGCAGAUAUAUGAUGUUACAGGCAAGAAGAAAAGGACGGCCACGUGAUAUGAUGGUGAAGAUUGUAAGGCAAGUGAAUGCACUUCCCAUCUUGUGGAGGCAAUGUGUUUU